UGAUACUUUGAAUUUGUUCCUCGUUUUGUCUUCGUCCGUCUUCUUCAUUGUCCUCUCAGUCCACUUCGGCUGCUUCCACCCAUCCAGUCUCCGCUGCGACUGUGAGACCGACGGCAGCCUCUCCGUCUCCGCCAUUUCCUUGCGAGACCGUACCUGCAAGCCAAACCGAGCUUCGGGCGCUUGACCAUGGAGAAGAUACAGCACACGACCGUCCGUACAAACGGCAUAAACAUGCAUGUUGCCACCGCCGGCUCCGGCCCCGACUCCAUCCUCUUCGUCCACGGCUUCCCCGAACUCUGGUACACCUGGCGCCACCAGAUGGUCUCCCUCGCUGCCCUUGGCUACAGAACCAUUGCUCCCGACCUACGGGGCUACGGCGACACGGAUGCACCGCCCUCACACGAGUCCUACACGGCCUUCCACAUCGUUGGGGACCUCGUUGGGCUUCUCGACUCGAUGGGCAUCGAGAAGGUUUUCUUGGUGGGGCACGACUGGGGUGCCGCGAUCGCUUGGUACUUUUGCCUGUUUCGACCUGAUAGGAUCAAGGCUUUGGUCAACAUGAGCGUUGUGUUCCAUCCCAGGAACCCGAACCGGAAGCCUGUCGAUGGGUUGAGGGCUAUUCUUGGGGAUGACUACUAUAUUUGCAGGUUUCAGGCACCUGGAGAAAUUGAGGAAGAUUUUGCACGUGCUGAUACUGCAAAUAUCAUGAAGUUUUUUCUAGUGUCUCGUAAUCCCCGUCCUCCUCAAAUUCCGAAAGAAGGAUUUUCAUGCCUGGCCAACUCUCGUCAGAUGGACUUGCCUUCUUGGCUCUCGGAGGAAGACAUAAAUUAUUAUGCCAGUAAAUUUAGCGAGAAGGGCUUCACUGGAGGAUUGAACUAUUAUCGAGUUAUGAACCUAAACUGGGAGCUUACAGCACCAUUUACAGGUUUACAAAUCAAAGUGCCAGCCAAAUUCAUGGUUGGGGACCUCGACAUCACCUAUAAUACUCCUGGUACCAAGGAAUUUAUCCAUAAUGGCGGCCUAAAGAAGCACGUGCCCUUCUUGCAAGAAGUGGUUGUGAUGGAAGGAGUGGCUCACUUCAUCAACCAGGAGAAGCCAGAGGAGGUUACUGCCCACAUCUACGACUUCAUCAAGAAAUUCUGAAUCGGGUGACGGACGACUCGCCCUUCUGCUGACAUAUCUAAGUCAGAAGUCCGAGUGAAGGUCUCGUGGUGAUUGGCUGUGUUCUCUGAUGUCCUUUACAUGGAUCCGAAGCUUUUGCAAUCCCCUAUUGAUUCUGCUCGGUUGUUUGUUUAUAGUGUCAGAGCUGAUUCCACAGAGAACAACGAAAAUUUGAGGAUUGAUCCACCAAGUGUUUCCAGUAUAUGAACGUAUUGACAGGUCGAAUAAAACUGCAGACAUGGAAUUGAAUUCUGAUACAUAUUUAUGGCUCAAAUUUAA